CGGUCUGCUGGUUCGUGUUUGCGGAUAAUCGAGACUAGACUGCCGAUUACUUUGAGCUCAAUCGGUGUGUUCGCGAUGGUAUCGCGUUAUUCUGCGGAAGGUAUCGCACAUUAGAUUGCACUUUGAUGUGCAGACAUGAACGUGGCCGAAUCGUUCGCGAGAAGCGACGAAAUCGAGGCGCAGUGCUUGGCGUUCAAGUUGCAGCUGAUGAACACCGGCGAGUUUGGUAGCGAGAACUUCUCCCUAGACGCUGUCCGGAAACUUCAUCGUCAAGUACAGUACGCUAGAGCGUCCGGCGUAAUUUCUGAACCUUGUGAAAGCUUGCUGUUGAAUCAUUUUGCUGAAAGAGGAAACAGGCACGUGGAUAGUUUGGAUGGCCUCAACAACUUUUCAAGUGCUGUUACCCACUCUGCACAGACUUCAAAAAACUAUGCUGACCAGUGGCGAUCACAACUUGUGAAACUGAGUGAUGAGGAGCUUUUAAAAUUCCUGCCUGAAGGUACCAGGAAUGGCCAGCCUGGAAUGGAUGAUGCCACAGACGAGUACGAAGUCCUCGUCGAAAUUAUGAAACGAAAGCCUCUUGUUCCGAAAAAGUCGGGCAGCUUGCCGGACAGGAGCGAGCUCUCUCAAUCUUUGAGGGAAGUCGAAGCAGCUGGUGUAGCAGAGUUGCCUCUGAGGAACACUCCAACGAAUGGGGCGGCCCCGCCGUCCAAAUAUUUCGCUGAUAACUCCAGACGAACCACCAGUGAACGAUUUAAAAAUGGUGUUCAUCAGAAGGGAAGACCAAACUCAUCAGAAAGUGUGCCAUCUGGUGCCCCCACCUUUCUUACUGCCAGGGAACAAUUGCAAUUCGAGCAGCAAAAGAACAAUGGAGGACAGGGUCGCACGAAAACCUUAGGAGGAAAGAGAACCCUGACCAGCCAAUUUGUUCAGCCUUUACUUCGAUCAAAUGAAAACAAUUCUGGUAGCCCUUCCAUCGGGUCCACUGUGGCUAACUGCAACAGCGGUGUGGAGGAGUGCGAGGCCUUGAAGAACAUAGAUGCUAAGCUCAUUGAACUUGUCAAAAGUGAGAUAAUGGACAAUGGCCCGGGCGUUCAUUGGGACGAUAUAGCGGGCCUGGAGUUCGCUAAACAGAGUGUCAAGGAAAUGGUGGUUUGGCCAAUGUUAAGACCCGACAUCUUUACAGGUCUGAGACAGCCGCCCAAGGGACUUCUCCUGUUUGGCCCUCCAGGAACAGGCAAGACACUGAUAGGCAAAUGCAUCGCUUCCCAAGCCGGUGCAACGUUCUUCUGCAUCAGUGCAUCUUCCCUGACAUCAAAAUGGGUUGGUGAAGGGGAGAAGAUGGUGAGAGCACUGUUUGCUGUAGCAAGGAGCUGCCAGCCCGCCGUGGUAUUCAUAGACGAGAUAGACUCCCUUCUCUCGCAACGCUGUGAAAGCGAGCACGAGUCCUCGCGACGCAUCAAGACAGAGUUCCUUGUGCAGCUGGAUGGAGCCAGUACAAAAGGGGACGAGCGACUUCUCAUUGUGGGUGCCACAAAUAGGCCCAAAGAGCUCGACGAGGCCGCUCGGAGACGUCUGGCAAAGCGUCUGUACAUCCCUCUGCCCGAAAAAGCAGCCCGUCGGCAGAUGGUUUGCCGUCUGCUGGCUCAGGUGAAGCACUGCCUCAGCGAGGAGGACAUUGACAGCGUGGCAUCGCUGACCCAGGGUUACUCGGGCGCAGACAUGGCCCAGUUGUGCAAAGAGGCUGCCUUAGGACCCAUCCGGAGCCUCAGCUUUGAGACACUUCAGCACAUCACAGCACAGCAGGUUCGCCCAGUAGCAUUCAAAGACUUUGAAGAAGCAUUGUGCCAAGUGCGGGCUAGCGUUUCGCAAGACGACCUCCAUGGCUACGUUGAGUGGAACUCUAUGUACGGCAGCACACCAGCAGUCCAAGCGAAUGACUAGACUGUCUGCACUAGGACAUAAGUUAGAAAGAGCUUUUGCCUGUACAUAUAUAUACAUAUGUACAAAUAAAGAUGGAAAUUUCUUGUA